UCAUUUUAUUACCUGUGGGUGGGUUAUUUGACAUUGACAUAACACGUAAAUAGUACACGUCGUUUUUGUGCAUGUUUUGCUGAAAAAAAUCGUAAAAUACCUUGUUAUUUUAACAUAAAAUGGUCCAUACUACGAUGGAAGAAUCACUAUUUGAACCGACUCUGUACAUCGUGAAGGGCAUGUGUAUCCUGGACAACGAUGGUAACCGUAUCCUGGCCAAGUACUACGACAAGAACGUCCUGCCCACCACCAAGGAACAGAAGGCUUUCGAGAAGAAUCUCUUCAAUAAGACACACAGAGCAAAUGCAGAGAUCAUAAUGCUGGAAGGUCUAACAUGCGUAUACAAGAGCAACGUGGAUCUAUUUUUCUAUGUUAUGGGCAGCUCACAUGAAAAUGAGCUGAUACUCCAGUCGGUGCUGCAAGCCCUGUACGAGUCAGUCAGCAUCCUGCUGCGGAGGAACGUGGAGCGACGUGUGUUGCUGGACAACUUGGACGCUGUCAUGCUGGCCUUCGACGAGAUCUGCGACGGAGGGGUAAUCUUGGAUUCGGAUCCCACGUCUAUAGUGGGUCGGGCAGCGCUGCGAACAGAGGACGUGCCCCUGGGGGAGCAGACAGUAGCCCAGAUUCUAUACAACAUAAUGAAUAGCAAUUACUAGACAGUGCUGCUUGGCAGAGUAAUAACGAACAAAUAAUAAUAAUUUAGUAUUAUUGUAACCCAACCAAAUUUUAGUUGUUAUAUUAAAUUUUGUUAAACUAACCUUUUUA